GACCGCCAGGGCCGCCAGAUUCACCCCCCUGAACGGGUUCCUGCAGGGUCUGAAGGAGUGGCAGCGGCAGCAAGAGCAGGGGGGAGGGGAGGGGAGCAACAGGGGGGAAAAGGCGGAUGGAAAGGGGGAGGCCACUGGAGGGCGGUUGAGAGGUGUAUCUGCAGAGGAGGGUGUAUCUGCAGAGGAGGGUGUAUCUGCAGAGGAGGGUGUAUCUGGAGAGGAGGGUGUAUCUGGAGAGGAGGGUGUAUCUGGAGAGGAGGGUGUAUCUGGAGAGGAGGGUGUAUCUGGAGAGGAGGGUGUAUCUGCAGGGGAGGGUGUGUCAGCUACAGCCCUGUUUGCCCGUGUGGUGCAAGCAGACACACGGACCUGGGUGAGUGAGUAA